GGAACCCUGCCGCAGCCGAACCUAGCUCCCCGACGCUCAGCGCACACACCCGGCAGCCUGACUGGCUAAUGUGCUGGAGCUGUUAAACACCACCGGGUCCGAUGGUUCAUGAGACUGUGCAGCCAUGGGUGACAUGAAAACCCCCGAUUUUGAUGAUCUCCUGGCCGCCUUUGACAUCCCAGAUGCCACAGGGUUGGAUGCCAAAGAGCCCAUCCAGGGGGGUCAUGAGGAGACGGAGAGUCAGCUGAAGCACUCGGGGAUAUGUCUGGACGACGGCCUGCUGAGCAACCAGGCUGUCACCACACCAGAAAUACCUGUUGUGAGUGUCAUCGUGAAAAACACUAGUCGUCAGGAGUCGCUGGAAGAUUUUGGUGACAGGCUUCACCCUGGAUCGGCACAGCAGAACGGAUUCCGGGGACAAGAGACCCCGAUCGACCCUGUUGAAAUAAGCAACUCUGGCUUCUCCAAAGCACUUGCCUCCGCUCUGAACGGGGAGAGUUCAAGAGAGUUCAUCGGAAAGGCGCCUGUUCAGGCCAAACCUGAUGGAAGAGCAAUAUUUUCCCACUCACUUUCUAAUUUUAGCCCCAUUUCGAGUCCCGAGUCUGAAGACACUCGGUGUAGUCGCGAUGAAAUGCAUCCAAAACAAGAGAGACCCUGUUUCCCAGAGGCUCCGGUGUUGGUGGAGCCUUCAGUGCCAGACAUCCGAAAAAGUUUGGACCUCAGCAUGUUUGAUGACUGUCCAAAGGACUCUAAUAUUCCCACGCACACUCAAAGAAGCGGAGCUGAUAGUAGUAGGAGUGAGGAGCUGUCAGACAUCUGUGGCAGCAACGAAAUAGAAGUAACACCUAGAGCACACAGUGCACUUCCUCCCCCGCUAAGCCGUAAGCAGAAAUUUAUUGAGACCAACUGCAAUUCUGGAACCACGAUGGAUGUUCCCACCUCUUAUCCUCUUGCUAAAUCUCAGACAUCUAAAUUAUCCUCUUGCCUGGAGGCUUUGGUUGCCCUGAAUGCUAGAAAAGAUCCCAGCGAGCCGACGAAUCCCAGAGAGAAGCUGUCAGCCCACAGCGACUGCAUGAAGGCCAGCCCCAAGGUCCCCAUAUCCCCACUGAGCCCCAGAAGUCCACUUGAAGCUGUGAAACGUUUAAUGAAACCCCCCGAUAGCCCCAUGAGCAUCUGCAGUGAUAGCAGUGGCAAAGCAUCUCCCGCAGUAGCAUCCGAGUCACCCCCCGUAGUACCCAGGGUCCGAAUCAAGACCAUCAAAACCACAACUGGGCAAAUCAAGCGCACAGUGACCAGCGUGCCGCCUGAUUCAGAAACCGACGAAGUUCAUUCUACCAAUGAAUCCUCUCCAUCUCAGAGUAUGAUUAGUGAGGACUCUUACUCUAACAUGUCUCCUCAUCAGUCUCAGAUUGCCAUGGAUGUUGGCAUUCAGAAUAAAAGCUCCACAACUAGUGCAUCUUCACCAAAAGUCUUACACAAGAAACCCCAAGCAAACCCCAAAAGGUCAGGCACUAAACACUCCACGACAGCAUUUCAUAAUACUGGCAGUCCUGCCAAAAGAUCCGGUGCACAUCAGGGGCCGAAACCAAAGAGAGUGUCGGCCACAGCAGGCCAUACAACCAGCACAAGCUUCCUCCCCAAAGCAAUGCACUUAGCUAGUUUGAACCUGGUCCCUCACAGCGUCGCUGCUUCAGUAGCAGCACGCUCCACCUCGCACCAACAGAGCCAACACACACUCUCCUCCACCGUGGACAGCACAGUCCCGCUGGUGCAUCAGGUCAAAACAGCCAAGCCCACCCCUCGCACGUCCAUUCCUAACACAGCAGCAGGAACCCUAAACAGACUGUUGAACAAUGCCAACCCUGUGCCUACGUACGUGCCCAACCUGAACCCCCCUCCAGAGAGCAAUAUCAACCUACCACUUCGCGGGUACUGCUGCCUCGAGUGCGGCGACUCCUUCGGGGUGGAGAGGAGUCUCGCGUUUCACUACGGCAGGAGGAGCGUUCACAUUGAAGUGGGAUGUACGCACUGUGCAAAGACGAUGGUGUUCUUCAACAAAUGCGCCUUGCUGGCACAUGCCCGGGAGCACAAGAACAACGGCAUGGUGAUGCAGUGCACGCAGCUCCACAUGAAACCCAUAGCAGAGGAACAAAUGUUUGCCCCCCUGAGCACCGAACCUGUGAACGCCGACUCGUACGGCUCGCUGUCGCCCUCCGCUAAGACCCAACCUGUGCUGCCCUUAUAUCCAGACAACGUGAUUCGCCACAGACUCCGAUGCUUGGAGUGCAACAAGCAGUUACCUGACUACAAAGCACUCGCAGGACACUACCAGAGACCUUCAGAAGAUGUGGAGGAACUAACUUGUAAGGUUUGCUCAAUGCUGCUACCCAACAAGUGUAGCUUCAAAGCUCACCAACGCAUCCAUGCACACAAAUCCCCUUACUGCUGUCCUGAGUGUGGCGCCCUGAGUCGCUCCGCGGACAUACAGAAGCACGUCAAGGAAAACUGUCUGCACUACGCACGCAAGGCCUGGUACAAAUGUCUUCACUGUGAUAUGGUUUUCAAGACCUUUCAAGGACAAAAGACUCACAUCGAAGAGAAACACUGCGCGGUGUUCUACAAGUGCCCCAUGUGUCCGGUGGCCUUAAAGACGUCUGACAGCUGUGAACUGCAUUUGAAAAAUAAACACGCCGGUAGCAAAUCAACUCCUCAGUUAAUCUUUAAGUGUUCUUGUGAGACCAUCUUCAAGAAAAAGAAGUCGCUGAUUCAGCAUUUCCAUCAGAACGCUCACAAGCGUGUCACCUGUGUGUUCAAGUGUCCAGAAUGCAACUCGGUCUUUCCACAAAAGCAGUUAUUAAUGCAACACUUCAAGAGUGUGCACGUUGGAAACACGACAGCAGAGACGGAGAAGAACAGACAGUCUGACAAGACAGACGCCAAACAACAGAAGAGUCUCAAUCCUGUCAAACCCUCAGAGAAUCCCAGAAAAAAGGCUGAGCAGGAGAGCAGACCCCGUGUGAAGCCCACUGGCUGGACGUGUGGGGAGUGUCUCCAGUGGUUCCCCGAGAGAGAAUCCUAUGUUUCUCAUGCGAAGACCAAACACGGCAAGUCGGUGAAGAAGUAUCCAUGUAGACACUGCGAGCAGUCCUUCAACUCUCCAACCAGUCUACGGAGACACAUUCGAAAUGACCACGAUGGCAAAAAGAAAAAUUACACUUGUUGGUAUUGCACGGACACGAAGACGAUAUUCACCUCGAGUGUGAUGUUGAAGAACCACAUCAGUCUAAUGCACGGAAUCAAAAAUCCUGAUCUUGGCCAGAUGCCGAAAACAGCCACCAAGGAGUCCAAAAAGGCUGUGGGCAAGGGACUUGUGUCAGAAAGACCGGCUGUUGUCAAACAGGGGAAGAAGGGGCAGGAUCUCCCGGGGAGUCUCGAGGCUCCGUCAGCGAAGCGUCUGAAAUCUCAGUUCCGCUGUUCAAAGUGCGGCUUCAUCACAGAGGACAGCACACAGUUCCAGCAACAUAUACCUCAGCACAAAAGUGAUGAAAACACUCCCCAGUGCCUUCACUGUGGCCUGUGUUUCACAUCGGGGCUGUCUCUCAACAGACAUCUUUUUAUUGUACACAAAGUCAAAGACAAAGGCCAAGAGGGGAUGGGGGAUAGAAAGGAGAAGGGGGUGGAGGUGAGGGAGAAGGAGGAGGAUAAUCAGCCAGUCAGAUCUGCAGAGACUGACGAGGUUAAUAACUCGUUACCAGUGCGACAUGACACCGAACCGUCACAGGCAGAAGAGCCAGCGAAUCGGCACUUUGACAAGACCACGGACUGUAAUUUAAAACUGAGCGCCCACUCCCAUACGCCAGCCGUCUCUCUGCGGUAACGACAACCGCCUCGACACCUCUGAGAAGUCUCAGUGGUGUCUUCAGUUGUCAUUGUGAAUCAUGUUCUUCAUGUAACUGGGGGGGGCUUGACAUUAAUGCAUGGAGGUGGUACAGAGAGUCUGGGCCUCUUCGUUUUUUCAAAUGUUCUCUCAUGCUAUUCAGUAUAUUCAAGCAGAUCCUUGACAUUUAAGAACAAACCGUAUUUUCAUAAACAAGAGGACAAAUUCAUAUUCAUAUUUUAAAAUUUAUUUAACUUUGCAUGUUGGUAUUGUAUUCUUAUUGCCUUCCAAGCAUACAGCAAGUGCACUCAUAUUACAGCGGAAGCCUUUUCUUUCUUUCUAUUUGUUUGUUUGUUUGUUUGCUUUCGUCCACCCCGACUGGAGACUCAGGAACGUCUUGUUAGUUUUUAGGUCUCGUGUUGGUUGAUGUAACAGUGACGGGGUGGAUUUUCGCUUUUUGUAACCAACGGUAAAUUUAAAACCUCUUAAAUUUUGUCUGAAGUAUUUAACGCUACACAUUAUCACCUGAAUGGGAUUCGGGUUGCCGUCUUUAUGUUGACCCUAUUGCAAUUAUUUUUGCAGUACGAAGCUAGAAUUUUAGUCGCCGUUUAUCAGAAAACCGUGUAGUUGGGUAUUGGUUUAAAAUCAGUCCUUCUGCAUUUAUGGUAAACAGUUAUUUUUUAACAAGUAUCCUGUAUGGUCAGCUACAGAAAUUAUGAUAUACAGAACAAUUGGAGAUUUCUGAAAUGAUGAUUUCUUUUACAUUUUUAUUGAAUGUGUUUGAUUUGUGGCUGCAUGUGUUGUCCCAGAUCUGGCCUUUUCUUUCUCUUAAAAAAUAUGAUUUUGAUUUGAAAGAGCAUUUAGGUGAAACGUGGAGAGGUAUUGUAUGUUGUGGCGCAGCAGUAUUGAAAAUACCUCAAAUUACCAGAAGUGUAUUUUUAGUCAAGUGAACGGUCGAUGUAAUGUCAAAUCAGGGUACAUUGUUUUGGAUAAUCCAGAGCAGGCAUGGAAGUGAAGUGUGGCGGCAUAUGGAGACGAUGUUUUAGAAAUCAGGACUUGGUAACCGGAAGACACUCAUAAUAAUAAUGAAAAAACGCAUCAGACGAAAAUAAAUAUCGUGGUUUCUUCUCACUCACGUCCUGAUUUGUAAAGCAGCGCCUUAAUGUUUUGUAAUGACACGUGACAGUUGCUACCUCCAUGGUAAAUGGCAGUGAUUGUUAAACGUUGAAAGGCUUUUGAAGAGUCGCAGGUAAUCUCAGUGCAAUGUAAUAAUGAGUUUAUAAAAUGUGUAUUAUUCCACAUUAUUCAAUUUUAUAAAUUAUUUAGGGAAUGAUAAUGAGGAUAUUUGGUCAUAUUGACUCAACUGGCGAGGGAACUUUUCUAUGUAAGUGCUACACGAGCGCUCUUAUUUCUGUCUAAUCCUUAAAUCACCACGCUGCAGCUGUCAGUCUGCGGAGGCUGAAAAGAACGAUUCUUUUGUAAUGCUUGUCAAAACAGAUUUGUACUUUUGAUACUGUGUACAGUGAGGACUUGUAGAGUAAAGUAACAUGUACAUACAGUAGCCAAUGAACCCUAGAUUCACAACAUUUCUUAAGCCAUUUCAUCUGUUCAGCAUGCAGUGGCCCAUGUGCCUUGCUGUUAUGUUUACGUAAAGUACUUACAAAUAAAUCGGUGCAUUUAAUUACAA